AUGAAUUACGGGAUCGUCGAGAAAGAGGUAUUGGCAUUGCUGAGAAUCUUGGACGUCUGCCACACCAUGCUGGUCUCCAGGUCGAUCAAGGUGUUGUCGCGAUACUCGACGCCGGCUUGGCUGCUGAAAUCCUCGGGUCUGCAGGGUCGCUUGGGUUCAUUGGCCGCCCUCCUGUCACAGCGGACGUUGGAGAUCGUGCGGUGCACGAAGGGCGAGUACGAGGUCUUGGGAACGCUUGCCGCGAGCAUCACUCCGCGAGAAGAGGUCGACGAAGCUCUGGCAGCGAUCGCCCCGAUGAAACAGCCUCGCCAAGUGAUCAUUGCGCACACGCCGACUGUCGAGUUGGACAAAGAGCUGAUUGUGGUGAGUUUCGACGGAUCUGCACGGGUGAAGCGUGGUGGGGGAGCGUACAGCGCCGUUGUCUGGAAGCUGCCCGAGUGGACGAUCAUCACCGCGUCGUCGGCAUACGCGACCCAGAUGACCGUGAACGAGGCCGAAUAUCAUAGGGGACGCUUGGUGAUCUGCGGCGACUCCAACUUGGUGAUCCGCCAGAUGCGAGGGGAAAUCGCAUACAAGGCACCAGCUCUGCAGCUCCUGCGUGAGAAAGCGAUGGGGAAACUCUCGUCGUGGCCUCAGCACGAGUUCGUGCACGUAAAGCGGGAAUGGAACUGGAGCGUAGAUUGUCUUGCCAGCGAAGCUUUACAGGUGGAGGCUGGUACGAUCUUCGAGAACUUGAUCACGCUCAACCGACUGGGAGAGAUCCCGAAGCCGAAGAGCGAGGACAAUGUCGUUCACGUGUCCGCCGUGACUCGAUUAUCGACGAGACGCUGA